AUGGAUUUUGAAGAAAUUGAAGAUAUUAAUGGGAUUCGUUUGGCUUGGAAUACGUUCCCCUCCACCAAGGCCGAAGCCCAAAAAAUCGUGGUACCCACUGGGGCAUUAUACACUCCUUUAAAAUAUAGAGAAGAUUUACCUCUUGCAUCCUAUGAUCCAGUAUGGUGUUCUAAUCCUUCUUGUAAAAGUAUUUUAAAUCCUUAUUGUCGAGUUGAUAUGACUGGGUUCUGGUUCUGUCCAAUUUGUAAUCAUCGUAAUCCAUUACCUCCACAUUAUUCUGGUAUCAAUGCUGAAAAUAUGCCUUUAGAAUUACAACCAACUUCUUCUACAAUUGAAUAUAUUACUGCUAGACCAGUUCAACAACCUCCGGUUUUCUGUCUUGUUAUUGACUUAUGCCAAGAUGAUGAUAACUUAAAAGCUUUAAAAGAUACUUUAAUUGUUUCUUUAUCUCUUUUACCUCCAAACGCUUUAGUUGGUUUAAUUACUUAUGGUACUAUGGUUCAAGUUCAUGAUUUAGGUUCGGAAUCAAUUAAAAAAUCUUAUAUCUUCAGAGGUGAUAAAGAAUAUAACGAUAAACAAAUUGGUGAUAUGUUAAAUAAUCCAAUUUUAACUAAUGAUGGUAGACCAGCAAUUAUAAAUAAUUUAAGUCGUUUUUUCUUGCCAGUGGAAGAUAUAGAAUUCCAAUUAACUUCAAUUUUAGAAAAUUUAACUCCUGAUCCUUGGCCAGUGGCUCAUGGUGACAGACCUUUAAGAUCAACUGGUUCUGCUCUUAAUAUUGCAAUUAAUUUAUUAGGCCAAACUUUUAUCGGAUUAGGGGCUAGAAUCAUGUUAUUUUCUGCCGGUUUAUGUACUUUAAAUCCAGGUUUAAUCGUUGGUAAUAAAUUAAAGGAACCAAUCAGAUCUCACUCGGAUAUCGAUAAAGAUAAUGCUAAACAUUUCAAAAAAGCAAUCAAAUUCUACGAUCAAUUGGCUUUGAAAGCAGUUAAAAACUCUCAUACUAUUGAUGUUUUCGGUGGUUGUUUGGAUCAAAUUGGUAUGUUAGAAAUGAAAAACUUAACUAAUUUGACCGGUGGUACUUUAUUAUUAUCUGAUGCUUUUACUACUUCGAUCUUUAAACAAUCAUUUUUAAGAUUAUUUAAUAAAGAUAGUGAAGGUUACUUAUUAAUGGGUUUCAAUGGUACUUUUGAUAUCAAAACUUCAAGAGAAUUGAAAGUUAGUGGUUUAAUUGGUCACGCUUCUUCCUUAAACGUUAAAGGUCCAAAUGUUUCUGAAAAUGAAGUUGGUAUUGGUGGUACUAAUCAAUAUAGAUUAUGUUCAAUUUCUCCCCAACAUACUUAUGCGGUAUUUUUCGAUAUUGCUAAUACUCAAUCUUUACCAAAUAAUGCUCAAUCUUAUAUUCAAUUUAUUACUCAUUAUCAACAUUCUUCAGGUACUUAUAGAUUAAGAGUUACUACCAUUUCUAAUAUUCUUACUUCUGAUGAACAAAUUUUAACUCAAUCUUUUGACCAAGAAGCCGCCGCUGUUUUAAUGGCUAGAGUUACUCUCUUUAAAUCAGAACAAGAUGAUGGUGCGGAUGUUUUAAGAUGGAUUGAUCGUAUGUUAAUUAAAUUAUGUCAAAAAUUCGCUGAUUAUAGAAAAGAUUUAGAAGAAUCUUUUAGAUUAGGUCCUCAAUUUUCUUUAUACCCUCAAUUUAUUUAUUAUUUAAGAAGAUCCCAAUUUUUACAAGUUUUCAAUAAUUCUCCUGAUGAAACUGCUUUUUAUAGACAUGUUUUGUUAACUGAAGACACUAAUAAUUCAUUAAUUAUGAUUCAACCAACUUUAACUGCUUUUGAAUUAGAUAAAGAACCCGAAGCAGUAUUAUUGGAUUCAGUCUCAAUCAAAAAUGAUCGUAUCCUUUUAUUAGAUACUUUCUUCCAUAUUUUGAUCUAUCAUGGUAAAACAAUUGCUGAAUGGCGUAAAGCUGGUUAUCAAGAUUUACCAGAAUAUGAAAAUUUAAAACAAUUAUUACAAGAACCAAAACAAGAAGCCGCUGACUUAUUAGUUGAUCGUUAUCCUUUACCAAGAUUUAUCGAUACUGAAGAAGGUGGUUCUCAAGCUAGAUUUUUAUAUUCUAAAUUAAAUCCAAGUACUAGUUAUAACGCUGCUAAUAUUGGUGUCAAUGGUGCUGUUGUCUUGACUGAUGAUGUUUCAUUACAAAUUUUCAUGACUCAUUUACAAAAAUUGGUUGUUUCUGGUUCUAACUAA